AUGUUGCAGCCAAUCAAAGAAGAAUCAAUGAAAGAAGAGGAUGGCCUCAACGUCAAGGAGACCAUCAUCGCAACCGGUGAAGAUGCUCCCACCAACAUGGGUGGCUGGAGAAGGAAACAGCAUGUGCAUUUGGCAUUUGGUCUUGCCAUCUAUGCCUUUGCUUUUGGCUUGUUCUAUCAAUGGGGAGAUGUCAUACGAGCCGAUAAACGAAACAUGGAGGCAGUUGAGACGACACAGAACUUAAGAAUGGCAACACACCAGCAACUGUUUCAGGAUGCCAAGGAAAUGAUUGAGAAGAUGCCACAAAGUAACAAGCUACCUCCAAAGAAGCCCUCUAUUGCAACUUUUCCACCCAUUAAGCAUGUUGAUGAAGCGAAACGAACCACUCCAAAGCCACAGCAACCACGCAAACCUGUUGUGGUUGUUACACCCGAAGACUCAAAACCACCCAACCAAUGGACAAUUGACCAAAAACUCAAGGAACAAAAACGUCUAGCAGAUGAAAAGGAGAAAGAAAAGCAGCAGAAAGAAAAGCAAAAACAAAAACAUCAGGAGGAGGAAAAGAGCAACGAACCACAAGACAAGCCUAAGGAUUCUCCCAAGAAGAAAAACGACAAGAGCACCUCAGCUGCAGAAACAACCAAACCUGAGAGUCGCAUUCGAAUGUCUCAUAACAUCACAGUGGACACCCCUCUUUUUGUACUUAGCUUUGCCAACCAUGGCAAUGUGGCCCUCACCCGAUACUUUCGCUGUGCCGGACUCGAUUCAGAUACAUUUGGGCGCACUUUUGUGGAUCACAGAAAGGGCCAAUAUGAAUAUAUUGGUGAAUGCAUGACGCAUAACCUUGAGAGCCCCAAGAAGGAAAACGACCGGAAGCGCCUGGGUCCCAAAGCCAUUUUGAAUGGGUGUGGCGACUACCGUGUGUGGUCUGAAAUGGAAUUUGUCAAACACCAUCAACAUACUGCUGUCAAGGCAACGCGCCAAUGCUUCUUCCCAGCCUUGCAACCCAAGGUCUUGGACCAGCUCUUUGAGGCCUACCCAAUGUCCAAAGUGCUCAAUGUUGUCCGAGACCCAGAUGAAUGGUACCAGACCCUGUCGCCCCAAGAGAAGCAGCGUUGGUUCAAAUGGUGUAAUGCCAAUCACGGAUUUGUCUUUCCUAAAGCUAAUGCCCCCAAAGAGGCGUGGAUCAACUUUUACAAAAAGUAUCAAAAGAAACUACGGGAAGCCGUGGCAAAACACCCUUCCGUGACGUAUAUUGAAGUGGACAUGACUAUUGGAUCAGGAAAGACUGCCUCCAUGCUCCAAGAUGAGCUGGGAAUCCCCCCAAGAUGCUGGGUAGGUACUGCUGUCAAGCCAGGGUUGCCAAAGGAAAUCACAUUUCCAGUCUUUGUUGCAUCGCUACCCAAGAGCGCCACAAGUACUUCCCAUGACUAUCUCAACUGUGGUUUGGGCUCCUCAGAAGGUUCCCACCAGUGGACUGCAUACGCUGACACUGGUAAAAUUGUCACAGUAGGUGAAUGCUGGCAUGAUAACCUUCGAAAUAAUCGGCCCAUGCUGGAGAACUGUGGGGAUCAGAAGCACUGGUCUGAUUUUGGUGUCUUGAGACCUGGGGACCAAUGCUUCUAUCCGACUAUUGAUGGUGGUUUGGAGGCUAUGUACAAGGACCAUCCAUAUGCCACUAUUCUACACACCACACGAGAUUCCAAGAAGUGGUACCUGUCAGCCAGGAAAUGGUCAAACAUCUUGGGUCGUUGGAAGCGCAACUGCAAUGGAUUUCCAAAUGCCACAGAGACAGAUGAAACAGCUUGGACUGAUUUCUAUGACUGGCACACUGAGCAUGUAAGAGAAUUUGCCAAGAACCACCCAACCAUGAACUAUGUUGAGAUCAAGAUUGAAGAUACGGGGAAGACACAAAAGACUUUGAAUGACAACUUUGGCUUCUCAAAGACCUGCUGGGGGCAUUCAAAUAUCAACAACCGCAAAGAUGGCAAAUACGACAAGAAGAAACAACAGAAGAAUCCCAAGCAUCGACGCCUUUGA